AUGGCCUUUAAGAUUCUCCCAUUUUUUAUUGUUCUCAUUGCCCUCGCAUGCGUGAACCAUGCUGCUCCCUUGGUCCGUACUAGUAUGAACGUCAACAAGCGUGAUUUUGAUCUCGAUGAUGAUUGUCUUGGUGAUGUCUUUGACAAGCGUGACGAAGAGGAACCAGCAGAUAGCCCGGAGGACAUUCGUGAUGAUUUGAUGGAGAAGAAGCGCUGA